AUGGUAGUUGCUUUGAUUUCCACUUACACUCCAAUUAUAGUGAUCUAUGAGGGCGGAAGUGUGAUGUCUCAAGCCCGAUCUUUGUGGCGAUUGGAACUAGCCAGAACAAAAUGGGCAGGAGGUUUCAUCAACUGGAGUCAUCCAAUGAGAAUAAGGCAUAUUACUACUGGACGAUACCUUGCUGUGAAUGAGAGUAACGAAUUGUACCUAGUCAGCAGACAUGAAAAAGACGAUCAGAAAGUGGUACUAGAAGACAAAGACUUAGAGGUAAUCGGUUCGGCCAUAAUUAAGUAUGGUGACUCGACCGUCAUCGUGCAGCAUUCUGAGUCUGGACUGUGGUUGUCUUACAAGGCAUAUGAGACGAAGAAAAAAGGGGUGGGCAAAGUCGAAGAAAAGCAAGCAGUUCUCCAUGAGGAGGGCAAAAUGGACGACGGUUUAGACUUCAGCAGAAGUCAAGAGGAGGAAUCGAGAACAGCUAGAGUGAUUCGGAAGUGCAGUUCUCUAUUUACUCAGUUUAUUAAUGGGCUGGAAAGUUUGCAAGUCAAUAGACGACACUCGAUGUUUUUCCAAGUGGUUCAUUUAAACGAAAUGGUAAUGUGCUUAGAAGACUUGAUUAAUUAUUUCGCGCAACCUGAAGACGACAUGGAGCACGAAGAAAAGCAGAAUCGGCUGCGGGCCCUGCGAAACAGACAAGAUUUGUUCCAGGAAGAAGGCAUUUUGAACCUUAUCCUAGAGGCAAUUGAUAAAAUUAACGUUAUCACGUCUCAGGGGUUUCUUGCAGCUUUAGCGGGCGACCAAAGCUGGGAAAUGAUAUCCGGGUAUCUCUAUCAGCUUUUAGCAGCCAUAAUUAAGGGAAACCACACGAAUUGUGCCCAAUUCGCGAAUUCCAAUCGGUUGAAUUGGCUGUUUUCCAGGCUGGGCUCUCAAGCUUCGAGCGAAGGAACCGGAAUGCUUGACGUGCUCCACUGCGUUCUGAUCGAUUCACCAGAGGCUCUUAAUAUGAUGCGAGACGAACACAUUAAAGUCAUCAUUUCCCUUCUGGAAAAACAUGGUCGCGAUCCAAAAGUCCUGGAUGUGUUGUGUUCCCUCUGCGUCGGUAACGGUGUAGCUGUUCGAAGCUCACAGAACAAUAUCUGCGAUUAUUUGCUACCCGGCAAAAACCUGCUUCUUCAAACUCAAUUGGUCGAUCAUGUGGCCAGCGUUAGACCCAACAUUUUCGUGGGCAGAGUGGAGGGCAGUGCAAUUUACCAAAAGUGGUACUUCGAAGUCACGGUGGAUCAUUUGGAGCAAACCACUCACAUGAUGCCGCAUCUGCGAAUUGGCUGGGCGAAUUCUAAGGGCUACAUUCCCUAUCCGGGCGGUGGUGAAAAAUGGGGCGGAAAUGGUGUUGGAGACGAUCUGUACUCGUUUGGGUUUGAUGGGGCUUUUCUGUGGACUGGAGGACGAUGCACCCAAGUUGUGGGCAAUGUUGUGGAACCGUAUAUUAGGAAAAACUUAACUAUUCCUCAAAUAUAUUUCACAUUCAAUGGCAACCCAAUUAGAGGCAGUUUCAGAAACUUUAACUUGGAUGGAAUGUUCUUUCCCGUAAUCAGUUGCUCUUCUAAGCUGAGUUGUCGCUUUUUGCUCGGCGGCGAUCACGGCAAGCUGAAGUUCUGUCCUCCAGAAGAGUUCUCUCCUUUAGUGGAAAGCCUGCUUCCGCAACAGAUUCUCAACCUCGAUUCUUGCUUCUACUUCGGAAACAUGAACAAGAACGUGAUCGCAGGCCCGCUUUUAAUAGAAGAUGAUACCGCUUUUGUGCCCAAUCCUGUGGAUACUUCCAUGGUUGGUUUGCCCAGUUAUAUUGAAUCAAUCAAGGACAAGUUAGCGGAAAAUAUACAUGAAAUGUGGGCCAUGAAUAAAAUCGAGGCCGGCUGGGCUUGGGGCGAAUACAGGGACGAUUUACGACAUGUUCAUCCCUGUUUGGUGCCAUUUGAUAAGCUGCCAACCGCCGAAAAACGAUACGAUUCGCAACUGGCUGUUCAGACCUUAAAGACCGUAAUUGCAUUGGGCUAUUACAUAACAAUGGACAAGCCGCCGUCCAGAAUUAAGACUGUCCGGUUGCCAAAUGAACCAUUUAUGCAGGGGAAUGGUUAUAAACCCGCUCCUUUAGAUCUAAGCGCCAUAACUCUUACUGCAAAAUUGGAGGAAUUGGUUGAUCAAUUGGCCGAAAAUACGCACAAUCUUUGGGCGAAAGAACGUAUUCAGCAAGCCUGGACCUAUGGAUUAAAUGAGGAUCCUGAUAUGUUGCGUAGCCCCCAUUUGGUGCCAUACAACAAAGUUGACGAUGCAAUUAAAAAAGCCAAUCGAGACACAGCUUCUGAGACCGUUAGGACUCUGCUAGUGUAUGGAUAUGUGAUUGAUCCGCCCACUGGUGAACAACAAGAAACUCUUUUGGCCGAAGCUAGCAGACUCAGACAGCAAGCGUUUCGAACUUACCGCAACAUGAACCGAGCAGUAACAUACUGGUAUACAAAAGACCAGCCGAUUUUCGAAAACACCGACGAUAUGCCUGAUACGAAAAUCGACGUAAUCAGAAUCCUAGCCGGAUCAGAUAGUCCCCCGUGUCUGAAAAUCAGCCAUAACACCUUUGAAACGAUGGAAAAAGCGAACUGGGAGUUUCUACGACUUAGUCUUCCAGUGAUUUGCCAUCAGGAGUUUAUAACGGAGGAGGAGAAAAUGCGCCGCUGGAAUGAAAUCAAAAUCAGGCAACAUAGGCUGAAAGUGGAAGCCGAUCAAUCAGUGACCGCAAAUCCCGCACACAUUGAAAAUAUCAUGAGAAGUGGAUUUUCCAUGACUGAUAUCAAAG